GUUUUAGCCCUUCGUCUCCGCUACAGCCAGCAUGCAUAUCCACAGGGGCUUUUCUGUAUAAUCUCUCUGCGCCGAGAGCGGCUUGCCUCGUCCUGCGCCAGACGCGCGGCGUGGAUGCAAAAGACAGGAGUGGACGCACGCGGGGGUCUCUGAAGACGACCGCCACACAGGACAACGUACACGUUUGCAUCAUCCUCCAACGCACGUUGUGUUCCCUCAAAUCCGGCGCAAAGGAGCGAGACGGACGGACUCUAGAGUCGUCUCCCGAGCGUGGCGGUGAGGUCAUCGGGCUGAGAGACGGUUCAUCCUUUUUUUCGGCUCACUGACAGACCGGCACAAGACCCGUGAAGACUGAUCGCUUUAUCCCGCAGUUUUGUCGAUCAAACAAAGCCAACAUCUAAAAACCUUCCCACUCUCCCUCCGAGAAACUUGUUGCACUGCUUGCCAUGAAACCACCUGGAACACAGGAAGAGGAAAUUGCUAAGAUAACACGGCUGGAUGAGCAGGCACUAAAAACGGAGAGAAAAUAAUCUCAAAGUCGAGGUCUUUUUUUCCGGAAGAGAGCUAAUCUCUUGUUUGGAACAUUGCAGUUGAAAAGAUAACUGUUAUGUCAUGUGAAACUAUCAGGAAAGUGGGUCAGAGAUGGAAUCCGAGUGAGUGACCAUGUUACAGUACAACUAUUGGCAGGACAGGAAAAUGGCUAUUAAACCCGAAACCAGCAUAUAACUGAACAUCUUUGAUCCCAUGGAUUAUUAUUCACUUCGAUGCAACGUGGAUGUUAUUCCUUUUCUUUUUUUUUUUUUUUUUUUUAAAUGACAUGUCAACCCCCGCUUGGCUUUUCUUUUAGUGGUUUCGAUUUCCUAUAAUUGGACAUGGCUCCUCUGCGAACAGUCGUAGCGUGGACGCUGUUGGCCGCUUCGACUUUUCUUCGCUGCUGGUGCGAAGCAUCGAGGACUAGCGUUUCCAGCAGGGGGCAGCAAGGAGUGCUGAACGGGGAGCGCGUGAAGAGGGGAUGGGUGUGGAACCAGUUUUUUGUGGUGGAGGAGUACACCGGCACGGAGCCUCUCUAUGUUGGGAAGAUCCACACAGACUCCGAUGAAGGCGAAGGUAACAUCAAGUACACCAUCUCCGGAGAAGGAGCAGGCACCAUCUUCAUUAUCGACGAGCUAACGGGUGACAUCCACGCCACGGAGAGGCUGGACCGCGAGGAGAAAGCCUUCUACACGCUCCGAGCGCAGGCCCGCGAUCGGCUUAGCGACGACCCACUGGAACCAGAGUCGGAAUUCGUCAUCAAGGUCCAGGACAUCAACGACAGCGAACCCAAAUUCUUGGAGGGGCCGUACAUCGGCAGCGUGGCCGAACUGUCUCCGAUAGGAACGUCCGUUCUUAAAAUCACCGCGUCAGAUGCCGAUGACCCGUCUUACGGCAGCAGUGCCCGAGUGGUGUACAGCGUCCUGGACGGCGAAAAGUUCUUCACCGUGGGCCGACACACAGGGAUCAUAAUGACAGCCGUGGCAGAUCUGGACCGCGAAACGCAGGAUCGUUACGAGCUGGUCGUCAAGGCAACCGACAUGGCAGGACAACUGGGUGGUCUCUCCGGCUCCACCACGGUGACCAUAGUGAUCACAGAUGUUAACGACAACCCGCCACGCUUCCCGCAGAAAAUGUACCAGUUCACGGUGUCAGAAGGCGCUGCCGUGGGGACGCCGGUGGGACGUGUCAUCGCCACAGACGCGGACAUGGGGGACAACACGGAUAUGAGUUAUCUGAUACAGGAAGGGGGAGAGCUCUUCAAGGUGACCACUGACGCCGUGACACAAGAAGCUGUCGUCUCCAUCAAGAAGCCACUGGACUUUGAGAGCAAGCGCACACACAAUGUCGUGGUCGAGGCUGUUAAUAAGCACGUGGACCCUCGCUUCGUCGACCUGGGCUCCUUCCGGGACCAGACCAUCGUCCGGGUCAGCGUGUCGGACGUGGACGAGCCGCCGCUCUUUGAACCUGCCGACGGCGCCGUCAUGGAGGUGCAGGAGGACGCCAAAGUCGGGGCGCUGGUCGGCGUCGUUUCUGCCCGGGACCCGGAUGUGAAGAGUAAACCAAUCAGGUUUUCCAUUGAUCGCACCACCGACCAGGACAUGAUCUUCCACAUCGAUCCCAAUUCGGGUGCCAUCACACUGGACAAGAUUCUGGACCGCGAGACUGCCGGCUGGCAUAAUAUCACCGUAAAGGCUGAGGAAACUGAUAACCACACCAUGGCGUCACACUCGGCCGUGAGCAUUCGGAUACUGGACGUGAAUGAUAAUCCUCCUGAGCUGGCCACGCCGUAUGAAGCCUCCAUAUGUGAAGAUACCAAGGCGGGGCAGAUAAUUCACACCAUCAGUGUGGUGGACAAAGACGAGCCACAGACAGGACAUCACUUCUACUUCACACUGGCGCCGGAAGCCUCUGGCAAUCAACAUUUUGCCCUGUGGGAUGUGAAAGACACCACUGCAGGCAUUCGAAUGGAGCGGUCGGGCUUCAACCGCCACGAGCAGAACGUGUACUUCCUUCCCAUACUGGUGGUGGACAGCGGCCCACCUUCUCUUAGCUCUACGGGGACCCUGACCAUUCACAUCUGCGGCUGUGACACAGAUGGAUCCAUCCAGUCCUGUAACGCUACCGCUUACGUAAUGAGUGCAGCUCUAAGCCCCGGGGCUCUUAUAGCACUGCUGGUGUGCAUGCUCAUCCUUAUAGUCCUGGCUUUGCUCAUCCUGACUCUGAAACGCCACCGAAAAGGCAAGCGUAUCGCGGAGGACGAGGAAGACAUGCGGGACAACGUCAUCAAGUACAACGACGAGGGCGGCGGCGAGCAAGACACUCAAGCGUACGACAUGAGCGCCCUCAGGAAUCUCUACGACUUCCCCGAGGCAAAGAGCGCCGCCGCCGUCUCCGACUCGGGUCCGGACAUCCGCUCGCUGCCGCAGUGGUUGCAGGGGAACCGUUUGGCGGGCGGGUCGGCGGCCUCCGGGUACGACUCGGCGGCCGACUUCUCUCUCUUCAAAGGUUACAUCCGCAAGAAGGUGGAGCAGGCCGACGCCGAUCUUUCGGUGCCGCCGUAUGACUCCUUCCAGACGUACGCCUUCGAGGGUACGAGCUCGCCCGCCCUGUCGCUCAGCUCCAUCCACACACUGUCCACCACCUCCGAGCAGGAUUUCUCAUACCUCAGUGACUGGGGGCCGCGAUUCCGGCAGCUGGCCGGCUACUACGCGCCGGGGAAGCCCGACGAGGACGGCUCCUAGCACAGCGUCCCGUCCUCUGAGAGACUCCUUCUAUAUUCUCCUCUUUCUUCAUCCCGUGUUCUCCUAAAAACACACAGCGGAAAGACCUUUUCGCGAGGUUCCUCCGGCCCGAUUUCCGCUUUUCCGAAGGACUUUAUUUGGAAAUCGAGGGUGACAGCCGUGAGAGAAUAGACGUCUCUGCGUCACGGAAUCGAAUUGCCCCUUUUGGCAAUCUGAAGAAGAAUUCAGCAGAAAAUGUUCCAGAAAAUACAAUAUUAUGUCGGAACAUGUCUGAGUGGUUCUCUGAGUGGGCAAAAGAAUUGGAAUGCGGAUUUUAACCAUUUUGGGACUAAUUGUCUGCCAUUAACGGUAACAGAAAUCCAUCCGUGGAUUGGACGUCCAGUGCCGUCAAUGGCACUGACAGAUGUCCCGUUCAAUUAAACUGUGAACAUUCAUCUCUAAUGGCAGGAGCUAGCGAUGAAAUUAUGAAAGAGCUAAUUUAGAGUGUUCUUGCAGGUCAUAAUCAGAGUUGAUUUCUGUUUUUGUCUAUUUUAAUGAUAUUAAUUUUGCUAAAUUUUUUAAUAUUCCAUUGAAAAAUGAUAUUUAAUAGUAUAAAAGGUGGGAGUAUAACGUCUUUAAAGGGUAUUAAAACACUAAGGGGCUGUGAGAUAUCAAUAGAACCGUUAUGUGGCAAGAUAACAAAUAUUAAUAAAGUUGAUAAAAAAAUAAAUCACACUCAUGAGCAAUUAUCGAAAAUAGAUCGAAAAUUACGAACAUUUCCGAAAGUAUUCCGGAAACAGCCGAAUGGGGCGGAGACGUCAUAACAAGGAAACAAAAGGUCGAGGCAGGUGCCAUCGUUGUUUAUCGACGAGAGAGUUGCGUUCGUGUUUUAUCAGAAAAAUCGCUAAAAUGGUUCAAAUUAGGGUUGUUCCGAUCUUUUUUUUUUGCUCCCGAUCCGAUCCCGAUCGUUUUAGUUUGAGUAUCUGCCGAUCCCGAUAUUUCCCGAUCCGAUUGCUUUUUUUUGCUCCCGAUUCAAUUCCAAUCAUUCCCGAUAAUUUUUCCCGAUCAUACACAUUUUGGCAAUGCAUUAAGAAAAAAAUGAAUAAAACUCGGACGAAUAUAUACAUUCAACAUUCAGUACAUAAGUACUGUAUUUGUUUAUUAUGACAAUAAAUCCUCAAGAUGGCAUUUACAUUAUUAACAUUCUUUCUGUAAGAGGGAUCCACAGAUAGAAAGACUUGUGACUUUGUAUAUUGUGACUAAAUAUUGCCAUCUAGUGUAUUUGUUGAGCUUUCCGUAAAUGAUACUGCAGCCAUACCCAAAUGCAUGAUGGGAAGUGGAACCAUGACUGUGCGUAGUGCUACCAAUUGAUAUAUCUUCUUUGCGUUGGGAAAUAACAUAGGGUGUUUAUUAGAGGUGUGCAAAAUUUCCGAUUCUUAGAUUAUUCGCGAUUCGGCCGUGGAAGAUUCGAGAACGAUUCACAAACAUCCAAAUUCCGAUUAUUGAAAUAUGCCAAGUAAAGCGGAAGUACAACACACUCAGCGCGCCGCGCGGGCUUUGGGACGGAACGGAGCGGGAGUAGCUAAACAUUAUGCUUCUCAUUAACCGGCCCCUCGGGUAAUGCCAACGCUCAACUCACGGCUCUAGCUCAACUCAUGCCACGAGAUAAAAAAACACAACAACAUACCUGACUGCUGCCGAAAAGCUGCUACAAGUACAGCUAAGCUACAUAAUGUUACGGUAGAUAUCAUUUAUAUAGGACUAUUAUGUCUGUAACGUUAAAUACAAUUAGAAAACGAUUUAAUUAAAAUAUAUAUAUAUUAAAAAAAGGCAUGGCCGAUAUUUUUUUGCCGAUUCCGAUACUUUGAAAAUGACGUGAUCACAUCUCUAGUUCAAACCUUUCAUGCUAUGUCGUGUACAAGUAGCCAUUUGUCGCAAUGUAGUACCCGUGAGUUCCCGAACGCGAGAAAAAGAAAUGGUCUACGCAGACAAUGAGUAAAGUUCGUCAGUGCUAAGAGGGCUAAUUUUGCAGACCCAGCCUCCGGCACGGUUUUGUGUGGUGGGUGUUUUACACCUAAAAGCUGUACGAACUAUGGACAAAUGGAAAUCAGGUUUUGCUGAGAAAUUGCUGCUGAAAGCAGAUGCGGUGCCCACCUACACGCGCAGCCACCUAAAUGUCCCGAGAUAUCAAGAAAAAGGACGAUGACUGGCUCUGAUGAGACCACCCCAGUCAAAGCAAAGGAGGGAAAUGGCCAGAGUGAGUACUCUUUUAUAAUAAAAAACACAUCACGCAUUGGCUAUAGGACUGGACACAUGUAUAAAUUAUCGCUCGUAAAAUGUAUAGAACAAAUCCUCUAAUCCCAUUCAUAUUUGUGUCGGUUGGCAGAGCGAAAACCGAUAAUAGCACAAUAAAUAAUAAUUAUUCUAUACAUUACCUUAUUUUGCGGUCAAGGUGUAUCAGCUUCACAAAAAGAAAUGCAAAACAAACCAUUCGGUGUUUCCCACACGAUCUGUUGCCGGUGUUUUAUCAGUGUGAUUGCUCCCCUCAAUGGUCCUUUAAUUAGGCUGCAUUGGCUUUCGUUUGGGCUCAAAUUGAUAACCCAAAACACCAAAGAAAGGUUCAUAACUCUCCUCGUCACCAUUAGAAGAAUGUUCGUUACAUCGGAUUCGUCGCUGCAACUAGAAACAAAAUUGUCCGCCAUCAUCGCCGCCAUUCAGUACUAAGCACUGAGCCGGUUGUUUCCUUGUAGUGACGUCACGCACGCAAUAUGCUAGAUCUCCGGGAUCUCGGGGGCGGGUCGUUUUAGCUGGACAAUCGAUCCAAAUUUCUAUCAUUUUCUUGGUGUUGCGAUGUUUGUAAUUACACGAAGUAGCAUGAUAUGAAUCCAAAAGGCAUGCGUUUAUGGAUAAAUGAUGGAAUAUUAGCAUUUCCCUAGGUGUUGUCAUACCCUUUAAUAGCAGUUUGCUUUCCAAGCAAUGUCGAACCUUUGGUACUGUUUGCACAGUUGUAAGGAUACCGAUUAAGCUGUCGGACAUCUCAACAUGGAGGCAAGUUUACGUAAAAACAAAAAUAUAAUGCUUAAGAGGCUUAUGAUAGUCCAUUUAAGGUCAUAUGCAAGAUUAAAAACAAGGAAAAUGUAGUGAUUAUUAAGAUGCAAAAUAUUUCAAAAUUUCGUUUUGCGAAUGCGCAGCUAGCUUAAUGCUAAUAUACAAUAGAACAGACAUUUCCAAAGUCCGGCCCGGGGCCCAAAUGCAAAUUUCAUCUGGCCCCCAGCCUCUGUCAUAAAAUUAAUAACGUCUGGCCCGCACACAGACUUAAUAAAUUGGUCAGCAGUACUGCUACCAGCAUAUGAAGUAGCUUACACACGAAAUGCUGCUCCUCAUUUACCCACUAAAAGGAGGCAGCACUCUAAGCAACAUUACCCCGCGUUACCCUUUAUUCCCCAUUUCUAAAAUGGCGACAAUCAACAAAAAAAAGAAAGUUGUCUGUGACGGCCGACGCUUCAAGGAUAGGAUGAAAUUGGACUUCUGUAUUUCUUCUCUAAAAUAUGCAACAACUGUGUGUGUGUCAUUUGCAAAGAGACAGUCGUAUUUAAAGAGUUCAAUGUGAGGCGAUAUUAACAAGACACGCUGACAUGUACGACAAGAUUACAGGGAAGAUAUGUAGCGAGAAAUUGAAGCAACUUAAAGCUGGUUUAAUUUUACUGCAGCAGUAUUUCGCAAGAGCCCGAGAGUCGAAAGAGAACGCCACAAAGGCUAGUUGCGAGAUUGUUGAAAUAAAUAAUUUAGGGCUGUCAAACGAUCAAAAUUUUUAAUCGAGUUAAUCACAGCCUAAAAAUUAGUUAAUCGGAAUUAAUCACAAUUCAAACCAUCUAUAAAAUAUGCCAUAUUUUUCUGUAAAUUAUUGUUGGAAUGGAAAGAAAAGACACAAGAUGGAUAUAUACAUUCAACAUACUGUACAUAAGUACUGUAUUUGUUUAUUAUAACAAUAAAUCAACAAGAUGGCAUUAACAUUAACAUUCUGUUAAAGCGAUCCAUGGAUAGAAAGACUUGUAGUUCUUAAAAGAUAAAUGUUAGUACAAGUUAUAGAAAUUUUAUAUUAAAACUCCUCUUAACUCAUUUGCUCCCAGAAACGUAUAAAGACGUUCUAUUUUUAAAUGCUUAACUGUCCCACAAACGUAUUUAUACGCCUUUUGCGUUUUUUUUGUACAAGAAGCAUCUAGAGCUUCCGAUCUAUCGCCCAAACAAAAAACAAGCCUUAAAACCAAUUUUAAAGCAAUAAAACUGGCCACUGGAGGGCAGUAGCGCAUUUGUUAAGACCUCAUAACCCAAUUCAAACAGUACAACUUUAUUAGGGAAGUUAGCAGAGCCCCUCCGCAGCUUGCUGCUCAGGUCCACCGCACGCUCAAGUGUCCUGCACGGAAACACGCACAGCCAAACCAGUUCCCCCCCAGGAACAUAAGUUCCCCAGGCAAACGAGACAGUGGUCACCACAAAAAAAAAGACUAAAAAAAAAUCCAUCUUUACGAGACAGUCGGCAAUGAGGGGAAAGUUUAACCGCUGUCGCAGCCACCAAACGUCAUCUCUCAGUUAGGUAAGUGUGAAUAAAUUGUUACUUUGCUAUCAAAAGCUCUAUUUGGCUGGUUGUUCAUGUUAUUUUGUAAAAGGAAAACAUUAUUCAGAUGUUUGGGAUGUCACUGAAGCAAAAAAUAGCCGUGUUAAAGUCAAAGUUAUGUUUGACAUUUUUGCGUUAACAAAAAGCUCAUUUUCUCCGUUUUUUCAUCAGAAAUUGGAAAAUUGCUCAAACUAAGCUAUUUUCUAAUCCCGAUUUCUAAAGAAUGGAAAAAGAUAUGAACUUACUUUUUUUUUCUGCUGAAAGAAGAGAGUCUAAUCUUUCUUUUGGUGGGUUCCAUGUUUAUAUAGCAAUAGAACAGAAUUUUUUGUGGGCCUUGCAAAAUCAGUCAAAAUCCAGUAAAAUGGCCGGGAGCGAAGGGCCUUGCUCCGGUGAAAAUGGCUGGGAGUGAAUGAGUUAAUGUUUUCGUUUUAAUAAAAUUUGUAAAAAUUCCAAUCAAAAAAUAAACCAGUAGCCCGCCAUUGUUGAUGUCAAUUAUUACACAAUGCUCAUGGGUGCUGAAGCCCAUAAAAUCAGUCGCACCCAAGCGUCAGCAGAGGGCGACAAAACUCCCCAAAACCACAAGUAACAAGUGGACAUGACACUGCUGUCAUUUUAAUCUGUUUGAGCGGGGCAUGUGCGUUAAUUGCAUCAAAUAUUUUAACGUGAAUAAUUAAAAAAAAAAAUUACCACCCGUUAACGUGAUCAUUUUGACAGCCCUAAAUUAAUU